GGGGCUAUGUCUCCAGAACAAGUCAAGGAAAUAGCAAAUGGGUUGGAGAGAAGCGAGCAGAGGUUCCUGUGGGUGGUGAAAAACCCGCCAGACGAUGAGAAACGGAAGCAAACGGAGGUGAACAAGUUGGACGUGGAUCUCGAUAGUCUUUUACCAGAAGGAUUCCUGAACAGAGUCGAAGGCAGGGGAAUGGUGGUGAGGGCAUGGGCACCGCAGGUGGCCGUACUGAGUCACGAGUCAGUAGGCGGUUUCGUGACUCACUGCGGGUGGAACUCGGUGUUGGAAACGGUAGUGGGUGGAGUGCCAAUGAUCGCAUGGCCGCUGUAUGCAGAGCAACACCUAAAUAGGAAUGCGCUGGUGCAGGACAUGAAGAUGGCGAUUCCGGUAGAGCAGAGGGAGGGAGAUGGGUUCGUGAGUGGAACAGAGGUGGAGAAACGAGUCAGGGAGCUGAUGGAAUCAGAAACCGGGCAGAAGCUGAAGGAAAAAAGCUGGAAAAUGAAACAGAAGGCUCUGGAAGCCUGGGAGGAUUCUGGUUCCUCCAUUAAAGCACUGGAGAGGUUGAUGGAGGUCUGGAAGAAAAGCUGAAACUUGCAGACAAAAUAAUAAAUAAUAAUAAUAAUAAUUUUAUUGUAUCAUCUCCCUGGAAAACAUCUCGGGAGAAAUCUACUAAUAUUUGACCAAUUUCAGUAACUUCAAUAAGAGUGGUGCAUCCAU